AUACAGAUAGUUGAACCCAAAUGCUGAUCUUCCAGCAAAAGAGGAAUCUACGUCUUCAGUACUUCUCCAUCUGAGUGCAGAAACUCAGCUUCUUCUAAAGGAGAUACUAUCUGUGAAACAGAUGCAAAAGAAAUGUGAAGCACUAGAGGAGGAGAAGAAGAAGUUGGAGGAAGAAGCAGUAAGCCUCAGACAUCACCUCGAAGUGAAUACAGUGGGACACAGUCAAGUGGAGCAGGACAAACGGGAGACUGAAGAACAAGCAAGACGGGAUGUAGUAAAAACAGUGAAAAAAUUGAGGCGAGCUAUACAGUACAGACGGGAAACUGAAGAGCAAGGAAGACAGGCUGUAUUAGAAAAACUGAAAGAAAUCAGCCAGUUUCUCCAGGCACAAGCAGCACUUCAAGAAAACGUGUUAAGAGAGUGCAGACCUGCUUCAGUCAGUCAAACGGAACAGAGAGUUAAAGAUCUGGAACCUGAACUAAAAAAUGAUUCUAAUGAAAACAGAUUGGAAAAGUACAAACAACUGUAUCUUGAAGAGCUAGAACAUAGAAAGUCUUUGGCAAGUCAGCUAACCUCGGCUAAUGAGAGGCUGGCCGAGGUGCGCACUAAGCUUCAGCUGGAGAGACAGCGCAAGAGCUCUUCCUCCGGCCUUGUUCCUACAAGGCCUGUUGGCGAACCGCCUUCUGCUGCUGGUACUAGCGUGGAGGCCAAAAGCAGUCCUACUCGAAGAAGGCGCUUCAGGACUUCUUCAGAACCUUCGACUAACUUGAGCGAUCCCUUGUUCCGGGCAUACCGAGGUGGCAACGAUAGGGAGUCUUUAAAUUACAAGUAGUUUUCAUUGUGUAUCGUU